GUCUGUUGUCCCGGCAUUAGUUUCCGCUGGUGUAUGAUGUCGUGAAUUUUAUUAAUUUAAACCUGGUUUGUUUUUCCUCUCCAUGUUGGAUAAUUUAUUUUUUGUUGUAUUUUUAUACAUAAAACGACUGUGAAGGCGGAAGUGAAUGUUCUGUGUUCGGCGUGACUGUGUUUGACCUCGACCAUGAGCAACAGUCAUCCCCUGCGUCCCCUGGCCUCCGUGUCGGAGAUCGACCACAUCCACCUGCUGUCGGAGCAGCUGGGAGCGCUGGUGCUCGGUGAGGAGUACAGCGAUGUCACCUUCAUCGUGGAGGGGAAGAGGUUCCCGGCGCACCGUGUCAUCCUGGCUGCUCGCUGUCACUACUUCAGGGCCCUGCUGUACGGUGGGAUGAAAGAGUCCCAGCCCCAGGCCGAGGUCUGCCUGGAGGAGACUCGAGCUGAAGCGUUCUCGAUGCUGCUGAACUACCUGUACACGGGCCGGGCCAGCYUGAGUUCUGCCCGGGAAGAGGUGCUGUUAGAAUUCCUGGGUUUGGCUCACCGYUACGGCCUCCAGCCUCUGGAGGACUCCACCUGCGAGUUCCUCCGCACCGUCCUGCACACCAACAACGUGUGCCUGAUCUUCGACGUGGCCAGCCUCUACUCUCUGAGCGCGCUCAGCGAGGCCUGCUGUGCCUUCAUGGACAGGCACGCACCUGAGGUGUUGAACUCCGACGGGUUUCUUUCGCUCUCAAAGUUCCGGAGGAGAACAUCGCCACCAUGAAGUACGGAGCUCAGGUCGUUAAAGGUGAGCUGAAGUCGGCGCUGCUGGACGGAGAYACCCAGAACUACGACCUGGACCACGGCUUCUCCAGACAUCCCAUCGAGGAGGACGGUCGGGCUGGGAUCCAGGUCAAACUGGGCCAACCGUCAAUCAUCAACCACAUCCGCCUGCUGCUGUGGGACCGGGACAGUCGGUCUUACUCGUACUACAUCGAAGUAUCGAUGGAUGAGCUGGACUGGGUCCGAGUCGUCGAUCACUCCAAGUUUCUCUGUCGCUCGUGGCAGAACCUUUACUUCACACCACGAGUUUGCAGGUCAUGGCAGACCCUGAAGUUUGAGAAUCAGCCAGCUUCCUUCAUCCGUAUCGUUGGGACUCACAACACAGCUAACGAGGUGUUCCACUGCGUCCACUUUGAAUGUCCGGCCCAGCUGGACACAGAGGUCACCGAGGGMAGCCCGGGUUUGGAUCCGCCUGAUCCAGGGGCCGCCAGCCCCCAGCAGAGACCCCAGCGACCCUCGCGCUCCCACAGCCUGCAGCCCAACCAGCAGCCCUCCUCAUCCUCACCUUCGUUCUCACAUCCUCACAACUAGGAGCUCUGGGRGACGUCAGAAUGUCAUUUUUGCACAGCUGUCAUCGUCCUGACUGCGCUGCUACAACGCUGCUGAGGCCAUCGUCUCGUCUGUCCUCCGUGUUUCUGUAGCAGCAGAACCUAGAGCUCCCGUCUUCCCACUUUUCUGACUGAAAUUAGGUAUUACAUGUACUAGUUUGUACAUUUUAUGAAGGUACUUUUUUUAGCUACUAAGAUUUCAAACUCCUGAAGCUUUAAUUUUUUGUGGACGAGGUGCACACUGACACGAUUAUACUGUUUCACCGAACACCAGAGAGGGGCGGGGUGAGCUAUUUAAAUUUGAUAAAUUCAUAGCGAUCAUUUAAAACAGAGAAAACUAUAUCCUUAUUAAGCUAUUUUUAAAGAAAUUAUCUUAAAAACAAAGAGUCGACACACUUUUCGUAGCGUCAGGCUAACAGGGUAGCACUCAUAGAUAUUUUUCCAAAUUUGAAAACUCACUUUUUAUUACAAGUUUGCCAAACCUGAAACGAUGAUGCAUCCUGUUGCUUUUUGAAUACAAAUAAUAAUAAUAAUAAUAAUAAUCAAUUAAUUUAGGAGGAUUUUAAAUAUUGAGCUCACACUCAAAAACAAACCAUAUCAUAGUGUCUGGUGUGACUUUUUAAUACUUAAUACCUCGAGGAAAAAAAACUUGGAUAUAACUGUCAUUGAUGCAGAUACAUGUGUUUGUAUUCYUUCGUGAAAAACAACAAACAUUGAAACAACUUGAUAAAAAUAAGAAAAACGAAAAUCUGACACUGCUUCKGAAUUUUGGUUCAACAGAAUUCUUCACAUAAAACAAUAAUCUGGUCUCGACUGCAAAGGAUGGUAACUCUAAAGCCCGUCGUUCCUGUGAUCACUGCUGCACGUUUUGUAUACAAGUUUAAUGUCCACAGGACUGGAGACGACCUCUGUGGACGUGUCCACAUGAGAAACAUAGACGACAAAUUAAAGAGACAGAAAACACAAAUGAAAACCAAAGACUCCAGAACAGCUUCCAAAGAGAUUAGAGGUUCAUCAGUGGUGGUUUGCGUCAUUAGUCAUUGGAAAAUGAUUGGGGAGAAAACUAAAUCAGAAAAAAAAACUACAUUUAUAUUUGAGAAUGUCCCUUUGGAUAGAUGAGACGAGUCCUAUCAGGCGUCUAAUAUGUGCAGGGGAUCUCAAGACUAUCAAGGCUUUCUGGAGUGAAUUGCGCUGCUCUGACUGAAAGUUUUCUGGUGGCMAAAUACUGCCAGAACUCUCGCUAGAAAAAAUGAGAUCUCGCACACAACUUUAAA